AGCUGGUCUGCAGUUACACCCACAUCUAUAAAUAUCCACCCAGUGCGGUACCAUGUUGGUGUUUUCUCUCGUCAUUCUGCUGUUUUUCAGAAGAGCUUCUCCUUCAGCUGCAACCAACUGUGAAGUGUGUGUAGGCUUUCUCCAAAAAGUGUAUGGCAGCGUCACCUCAGCCCACAGAGAUCUGACUCCAGCCCUGGUGGAGGACGAGCUGAGCCGGACCUGUGCUGCUGCUCAGGGGAAGGAGGCGAGGCUGUGUUACUACUUAGGGGCCAGCAGUGAUGCAGCAACACGAGUCACAUCAUCAGUUUCACAGCCUCUGUCCUCUCAUGUUCCUGUUGAGAAGGUCUGCCAGCGCCUCAGCAGCAGAGACACACAGAUCUGUGAACUGCGAUAUGAUCCGCAGUUGAGAGAUUUAAGCAGCGAUGUGCUCAGAAAGAUGAGAGUCGUGGAGCUGAGGAACAUUCUGGCAUCGUGGGGAGAAGAGUGUCGAGGCUGUCUGGAGAAACAUGAGUUUGUGAGCCUGAUUCAGGAGAAAGCCCCUCUGCACGUACACAGUGUGGAGCUGUGAAGGACAACGCACACGCCAGGGGAAUCAGCACAACAAACAAUCAGAACUGAAUCAGCUGAUACAAAGAUCAGCGUUGAUGACACAGAACAGAUGAGCAGACGUGUCCAAAUUCCAUUUACACAGACUUAUUCUAACAGUGCUAUGUUUUUCACAAUAUUAAAUUAACCUGUUA